CUGGUGCCAGGACCAAAGUCAAUGGGUGAGGAUGGAAAUACCAGUAUCUUCAACUUUUCCUACACCAGCUUUCUCCUGGUGGGCUUCCCUGGAUUGCAGGAGCGGCGGCCCCUUCUGGUCCUGCCGCUUACCUUCCUCUAUGUGUCCAUCGUUUCUGCCAACGCCUUAGUCAUCCAUACAGUGGUGGCCCAGAGGAGUCUGCACCAGCCCAUGUACGUGCUCAUUGCCCUGCUCCUGGCUGUCAACAUCUGCUCUUCCACAGCUGUGAUGCCUAAAAUGCUGGAAGGCUUUGUGCAUUAUGCUAACCCCAUCUCAUUGCAUGGCUGCCUAGCGCAAAUGUUCUUUAUCUACUUCACGCUCCUCCUGGACUACAACCUCCUGCUGGCCAUGGCCCUAGAUCGCUAUGUGGCCAUUUGCCACCCACUUCGCUAUACUGAACUGAUGACCUCUCACUUACUGGGCCUGAUUGCCACCUUUGCCCUGACCCGGAGCCUAGGAGUGGCAGUGCCCCUAGUGGUACUAACUGCAAAAGCUCGAUUCUGCCGGACUUCCGUGAUCCGACACUUCACCUGCGAAUACAUCGCACUGCUGAGCAUAGCUUGUGGAGACCUGACCUUCAACAACCGGUUGGGAUUGGCUAUGCGGUUGGUCACCGUGACCUUUGAUCUGGCCUUGCUGGGAAGCUCCUACACCCGUAUCAUCUAUGCUGCCUUCCGGAUCUCUUCUGGGGGAGCCCGAGCCAAGGCCUUGCACACUUGUGGCUCCCACUUACUGGUCAUCCUCACCAUCUAUCUUUCUGGUCUUUCUACUUCCAUUGUCUUUCGAGUGGCCAAGACUGUGUCUCAAGAUGUUCAGAACCUACUCAGUGCCAUCUAUCUGCUGCUCCCAGGAGCCUUGAAUCCUCUCAUUUAUGGGGUGAGAACUAAGGAGAUCCGGCAACAUAUAGAGAAAAUGCUCUAUGGAAAGCAGUCACCCCAAGACAUCAGAGAGAAGUCGCAGAGCAUGAGAGAGGAGAGGGAGUUACCUGGGUAAGAGGGCAUUACCAGCUUGAGAGCUUUGGGCUGUGGCCUGUGAAAACAAGAAGUAGGCUGUCUGUACUAACAGGAU